AUGGGCGCCGGGGCGCGGGCGACGGCGGCGGCGCUGCUGCUGGUGGCGGCGGCGCUCGCGGGGGUGGCCGCCGGCGGCGACAUCGUCCACCAGGACGACGACGCGCCCAAGAUCCCCGGCUGCUCCAACGACUUCAUGCUCGUAAAGGUGCAAACUUGGGUCAAAAACAGAGAGACCGAUGAGUUUGUUGGUGUUGGUGCUCGGUUUGGCCCCAUAAUAGAGUCAAAGGAAAAGCACGCGAACCGGACAGGACUACUAAUAGCAGACCCUUUUGAUUGUUGUACCCCUCUCAAAGAAAAGGUUGCUGGAGAAGUUUUGCUGGUGCAAAGAGGAGAUUGUAAGUUCACUACAAAAGCUAAGGUUGCUGAAGAUGCUGGUGCUUCUGCUAUUAUAAUCCUGAAUAAUCGGCAUGAGCUAUACAAGAUGGUUUGUGAUCAAAAUGAAACGGAUCUGGAUAUAAAUAUACCUGCAGUUCUUCUGCCAAAAGAUGCAGGCACCAUUUUACAGGGUCUUCUCUCACUUGGUAAAGUGUCAGUGCAGUUAUACUCUCCAGAUCGACCCCUAGUUGAUACGGCUGAGGUGUUUCUAUGGCUUAUGGCUGUUGGUACCAUUCUUGGCGCAUCAUACUGGUCAGCAUGGAGUGCUCGAGAAGCACUUAUUGAACAAGAGAAACUUCUAAAGGAUGGCCAUGAAAGUUCAGUUAACAUUGAGGCCGAAGGUUCUAGUGGUAUGGUAGAUAUCACCAUGACAUCGGCAAUGCUGUUUAUUGUGGUUGCAUCACUCUUUUUGGUAAUGCUUUACAAGUUGAUGUCUCACUGGUUUGUGGAGCUCCUGGUGGUUAUAUUUUGCAUUGGUGGUGUAGAGGGUUUGCAAACAUGUUUGGUGGCUUUAUUGUCAAGAUGGUUUAAACCUGCCGCAAGAUCAUUUGUAAAAGUGCCAUUUUUUGGAGCUGUUUCAUACCUUACAUUGGCAGUUUGUCCAUUUUGCAUCGUCUCUGCUGUUUUAUGGGCUGUUUAUCGCCGGAUGCCCUAUGCAUGGAUUGGGCAAGAUGUUCUUGGUAUCGCACUGAUUGUUACUGUGAUCCAGAUUGUGAGGAUACCUAAUCUUAAGGUGGGGUCUGUUCUUCUCGGCUGUUCCUUCUUGUAUGACAUCUUCUGGGUUUUCAUAUCCAAGAUGUUGUUUCAUGAGAGCGUGAUGAUUGUGGUUGCACGUGGCGAUAAUACUGAUGAAGAUGGUGUACCCAUGCUGUUAAAGAUCCCACGCAUGUUUGAUCCAUGGGGUGGAUACAGCAUCAUAGGCUUUGGUGAUAUCCUCCUUCCAGGACUGCUGGUUGCUUUUGCGCUAAGGUAUGAUUGGGCUGCCAGGAAGACCUUGCAAUCUGGUUACUUUCUGUGGUCAAUGGUUGCGUACGGUUCUGGCCUUUUGAUAACCUACGUUGCCUUGAAUCUCAUGGAUGGUCACGGCCAACCAGCUCUUCUUUACAUCGUGCCCUUCACGCUUGGAACUUUCAUAUCACUCGGUAAAAAGCGGGGCGAGCUCAGGAACCUGUGGAUGAAAGGACAACCUCCGAGAGUCUGCACGCACUCGCAUCAUCCUCUGAAGGACUCUGCGGACUCUGCUUCUCAUGUAAUCUCAUCAUAG